AGGCUUUCUUUCGACCUUCCAGGACUUCCCAUCAACCCUUGCCGUUUCCGGCUCCUCUCUCUCUCUCUUUCCUUCCGUGCCGCCAAGGUUUCGUUACCGCGGCACUUAAGAUAAGUCGUUAUAAUGCCAGCUCUGAGGCCUCUCAUCAAACCUAAUAUUGUCAAAAAGAGGACCAAGAAGUUCAUCCGUCAUCAAUCUGAUCGCUAUGUCAAAAUCAAGCGUAACUGGCGCAAGCCAAGAGGUAUCGACAACAGAGUUCGCAGAAGAUUUAAGGGCCAGAUCUUGAUGCCCAACAUUGGCUAUGGGAGCAAUAAGAAAACAAAACACAUGCUGCCCUCGGGAUUCCGGAAGUUUCUUGUUCAUAAUGUCAAAGAGCUGGAGGUGCUAAUGAUGAGCAACAAGUCAUUUUGUGCAGAAAUUGCUCAUAACGUUUCAUCCAAGAACCGGAAGAUAAUUGUGGAGAGAGCAGCUCAGCUUGCUAUCAAAGUUACCAAUCCAAAUGCCAGACUGCGCAGUGAAGAAAAUGAAUAGUUUGUCUUGAGCAACUAUAUUUAAUAAAGUAUAAAAUUUGGAAAA